GGUGAACUGCAGUACAUUUUCAAAACAGCGCGCGUGGGUUGCGCUCGAGUAUAAAGGCAAACUACGCGUGGGACAGCCGCAGUGACGUCAGCGCGGUCGUCGUCCGCGCGAGAAUAAAGAAGCCUUUAGCCCAUGUUUCAAAUGAUUGCGGCGUGUGGAAUUGGAUGUGAUGCCCACGACGGGACAACACAGAACGUUCCUCGAGCAAAUCCUAAAGUCAGGUUGUUCUUUUGUCUGACUAUUAGCGCGUCUAAUUCUGCUUCAAACUGAACAGUCUGGGACAUUUGCAUGUGCUACCAGUGUUAUUUCACUGCCUAGAUCGGGUGUCGAGUGGAAUGCGUACUUUGACACAUUUAGGCGAAUGUGUCGCAAUCGACAAUUCGAUCGUGUCAUGUGCGUAGCUGCGUAGCCCCACUUUCGUGGCGAGGGUGGGCGACCGCAGCAUCCGCAGGACCGGCGCAGCGCCAGAGGAGGCGUGGACACCGAGUUGGAGCAACGAUGGCCGUCCGGGGGCUGUGGAUGUGCACGCCCCGGGUUGGAAAACGAGGGAGCCGCUCCGGUCUCUUGUCGUGCCUUUGCGCGACAACCGUUAGCGCUGCUGUUUUCGCGUUGCUCUUCGUGGACGUUGUCGAGUUCUGGAUCACGUCCAUGGGCAUGAGCGCCGUGCCGGAGCCGCACGCAGGCAUCUUCCCCCCGCAGAGCGUCCCUCCCACCAGACCCGAGGAGUUCCUGCUCAUGCCCAGUCCGCUAGUGUGCCAGCGAGCCAAGCCUUAUCUCAUUAGCAUGGUGACCUCGGCCCCUGCUCACCACAGGGCGCGGCAGGUCAUCAGGGACACUUGGGGUGGGGAGAUCGAAGUGAGGGGCCUGAGGGUCAUGACCCUCUUCAUGCUGGGUGUGUCAUCUGACCCAGGACUGACCAAACUGCUCAUAGAGGAGGCCAGGGAGCAAGGGGACCUGGUUCAGGGGCGGUUCCUGGACACCUAUUCCAAUCUGACUUUGAAGACUUUAGCCAUGCAGAGCUGGGUGCGCCGCUUCUGCCCGCAGGCUCACUUUGUGGCCAAAGUGGACGACGACGUCCUGUUCAAUCCGAGCGCACUCCUGCACCUACUGAACAAGAGUCGCAGCCCGUACGAACAAGCCGACUUGUAUCUGGGCAGGGUGCAUCUCCACGUGGCUCCGAACCGGGACCUGGAAAGCAAGCAUUACCUGCCAAAGGAGGCCUACCCGUCCUCUGUUUUUCCAGACUACUGCAGUGGUUCAGCUUAUGUUCUGUCCCGCUCCGCACUGCUCAAAAUAUCCUUGGCUGCCUCUCCGUUAACUCUGUCUACGGCUCAUCCCCCCGAGGAUGCGUUUGUGGGUUUGUGCGCCCGGGCAGCCGGCGUACCACCCACGCACUCACCCCUGUUCUCUGGCGGUCCUUCUAUGCCAUAUGGGCGCUGCUGUUAUCAAGCUAUGGUGUCGGUGCACAACAUCCCACCCAAGGAUAUGCUGCAAUACUGGACUGACAUCCACUCAUCCGGGCAGUGCCCCUGGCUGAGCAUGCGAGUGUCGCUGUCGAUGUGCAAAGUCGGGGCCCUGGUGGGCUCGGCUCUCGGCCUUGGGAAGGAGGCGUGAGUGGGACUCAAUCUGUACUCUGCCAGCACACAAUUAAGGUGGUGAAAAUAAAUAAUAUUUUUUAUGUCUUGGUGUUGGUACUAAUGGGGCUAAGCACUUUUGCAGAAAAGGGAAAUAAUUGAGUUUCCUGGAAUGAUCAUAUUGUGUGAUGUGAGCAUCUUUGCAUUGGCAAAAAAUAUCAUCAUAAACCAGUUUCCUAACCUUUAUUGAGCCAAGGUACAUAUUUUAGAUUAGAAAAAUCUACAGCACAGCAAACCAAAAAAGUAUACAUUGUGAAAUAAUGUAAUCUCACUUAAAUCACAUAUUUACUUAGUGUGAAACCUGGGCCUUUUUAUAGUUGAAUAGUUUGUCAUAUGACUGCAAACCGGCAGAGACACUAUAAUUGUACCUUGCCAUAUAUAUAUAUAUAUAUAUAUAUAUAUAGAUAUACACACACAUACACAUAUAUAUACAUACAUAUAUAUACAUAUAUAUAUAUUUAUAUAUAUAUACACACACACACACACACACAUAUACAUAUAUAUAUAUAUAUAUAUACAUACACACACACACAUAUAGUGAAAUUGAAUAAUUUCCCACAGCACACUGUGGUUGGGAAGCACUACUAUAGUGAGCGAAAUAAAAUGAAGACACCAGCCCAUAACUGGGUGAAUACUAAUGAGCAAAUGUCAUUGGCAUUCAAGACUGUCCUGCAGGAUAGCUACUGAAGUACUUCAUGUCAUGAAACUAAUACUGAACUGGCAGACAAUAUUAGCUAUUAGCUGUCAAUGUGCAGAGCUGCUCAGGAAAAAAGAAAAACUACAGUAUUUACAUACUUGUAAGUUCCAUACCUUCACAUUUGUGUCAUGUACUGUGCUUGACCUCAUUUUAUUGUAAAUUCUUAAAACACGUAUUCAAAUCGGAAGGAAAUUAACAGUUUCUUGGAAAAUCAAAAAAAAUGUUAGGCAUAUUAAGGGUGGAUGGAUUGUGCUCUUCUCUAACUUCAUAAAUUGUAAUAUCAGUAGUUAACAAAAACACACAAUUGCAACACGUACUGUAUGUAUAACACAUUAUACAUGAUGCACCGAGUCCCAAUCCAAACAGUAUUUGUGUUCAUGAGUAAACAUUGACUGAGGGUUGUGCCAAUGUAUUAACAAAUCUACAGUUCAACCUCAGCUUGAUCUGCCACACUCAAUCAAUAUCCAAUUUAUGCCUCAACAAGAACAAAUUAUUUGUUGACGCACAAGAAAUAUGACUGGAAUGUGGUCAUUCAAUAAAGUCUCAAUCUUUCCAUGAUUCCCGGCUUUGUCUUGUCACACCACAUUUCAAAGCAGCUUCUCACGAGUCAAAGUAUGCUGCUUACACUAGCACUGUAAAUGUGUAAUAUUUAACCAGCACCAGGAAAUGCAUGUCAGGAAGAAGAUAAAGUGGUGGCUGUUCUUGGGAAGGCUUGUGUAACUGUCAGAACGACACAUUUCAUUGUACAUGUAAAUUUAUGUUUCACGUUUCAAAAUACAUUUGGUUUCAUGUAACUAAAAAAAAGGUUACUAAAUAUAAAUGUAAAUAUAAGAAUAAAUAAGACUUAAACAAGUUUGUUAUAAAUA